UUCAGACACGUCUCUGAGUUUCUCUGCAAGAAAUCUAACCUGAGUUCAUCUGGACUUUCACAGACACUGACUCCAACACUGUGUGUGAAGAUGUCUGCUGCCAGCAAUCUGCGCUCUGAAGAUCAGUUUCGGUGCUCCAUCUGUCUGGAAGUGUUCACUGAUCCAGUCUCCACACCAUGUGGACAUAACUUCUGCAACGAGUGCAUCACUCAGCACUGGAACACUAAGUAUAUAAGUGACUGUCCCCUGUGUAAAGAGGUUUUCUUCAAUAAACCUCGGCUGAAGGUCAACACUUUGCUCUCUGAGAUGGUUUCUCAGUUCAGACUUGAAGCUGAACUCAAAGCCAGCAGCAGCUCAGAGCAACAAGCUGCCAAACCAGGAGAAGUUCCCUGUGACGUCUGCACUGGAACCAAAGUGAAGGCCCUCAAGUCCUGCCUGGUGUGCCUGGUCUCCUACUGUCAGACUCAUCUGGAGCCUCAUCUGACAGUGUCAGGCCUGAAGAAACAUCAGCUGAUGGAGCCUGUGGAGAACCUGGAAGGCAGGAUGUGUCUGAAGCACCAUCAACCUCUGGAGCUGUUCUGUCAGAGAGAGCAGACAUGUGUCUGCAUACUGUGCACUGUUUUAGAGCACAGGAACCACGAGUUUGUUCCCCUGAGUGAAGAAUGUGAAGGAAAGAAGAAGGAGCUGAGGAAGACAGAGGCUGAGAUGCAGCAGAUGAUCCAGGAGAGACGAGUGAAGAUCAAGGAGAUCAGAGAGUGUGUGAAGAUGAGUAAAGCUGCUGCAGACAGAGAGAAAGCAGAAGGUGUUGAGGUGUUCACUGCUCUGAAGGAGUGUGUUGAGAGAGGCCUGAAGCAGCUGAUGGAGAGGAUGGAGGAGGAAGAGGAAGCCAGAGAGAAACAGGCUGAAGGUCUCAUCAGAGAUCUGGAAGAGGAGAUCUGUGAGCUGAUGAAGAGGAGCUCAGAGGUGGAGCAGCUCUUCCUCUCUGAAGACCACCUCCACCUCCUCCAAGGAUUCGCUUCCCUGAAAGCUGCUCCACCCACCAAGGACUGGACACAGGUCAGCGUCCGUCCAUCAUAUGAGGGGACUGUGGUGAGAGCUGUGGCUCAGCUGGAGGAGACUCUCAGCAAAGAGAUGAAGAAGCUGUUUGAGGCUGAUCUGAAGAGGAAGCAGCAGUUUGCAGUGGAUGUGACUCUUGAUCCUGAUACAGCUCAUCCUGAUCUCAUCCUGUCUGAUGAUGGAAAACAAGUGAAUCAUGGUGAUGUGGAGAAGAAUCUUCCAGACAACCCAGAGAGAUUUGAUUAUUGUGUGUGUGUUUUAGGAAAACAGAGUUUCUCUUCAGGUAAAUUUUACUUUGAGGUUCAGGUUAAAGGAAAGACUGAAUGGACUUUAGGAGUGAGCAAAGAGUCCAUCAGCAGGAAGGGAGAGUUCACAGUCACCCCUGAUGACGGUUUCUGGGUCAUAUGGCUGAGAAAUGGAAAUGAAUACUCAGCUCUUCAAGGCUCUGCAAUGUCUCUGUCUCUGAGUUCUGCUCCUGAGAAGGUAGGGGUGUUUGUGGAUUAUGAGGAGGGUCUGGUCUCUUUUUAUGAUGUAGCUGCUGCAGCUCUGAUCUACUCCUUCACUGGCUGCUGCUUCACUGACAAACUCCUCCCAUACUUCAGUCCAUGUUUUAAUGACAGCGGUAAAAACUCUGCUCCUCUGAUCAUCUGUCCUGUCAAUCAAACUGUCUGAUGAGGAAGAUUCACCAACAAUUAAUGAGCUUGUUGGAAAGUAAAAGAUUGACUCUGAUUUAUUUGAUCAAAUCCAGAUGUUCAAUGUACUUAGAUCUCGGGUUCUUCUCUUCAGUCUUUGAUUAUCGGACCAUUGUUUAAAUUAAUCCAGACCAAUCAGGCAUGGUGUCUACUUCCCAAAAAUGAAGUGCUGAAGCUGCCCUGACCCACUGAGACAGCCUUGAGCCCUCGCCCUCGCACUCACCCCAGCCACAGCCCAUCCUGCUUCUCUUCUGGUCCAGGAGAAUCUGGGUCCAGCCACUCCCCACCUGGCAUUUCCUUCCUGCUUCUCUGGGUUCUCCAGAGAUUGUUGGAAAUUACUGAAUCAAUGCAAUUUGCAUUUUGAACUGCUACCGGAUUCAUGCCCUACUGAUCACUCCCCAUCUACCGGGGCGUUCCAAAGCUUGGGCCACAGCAUAGUGGCACUGCCAUUCUGCCCGGUGUGAUGGGUACUCACCCAGGCUUUCCAUAAGGUUUCACCCAUUUACGAAGCAGCUUGGUUGCUGGGGAAUCAGUGUUUGUGCAACUACGUGGUGGGGUUCUGCACCCUCACUGCUGACAGCAACAGGAACCCGGACACUCUUAUGUAUAUAUUUCUUAAUGGACUCUCUGAGCACAGCAACGACACCUUGAGUCAGUUGGAACUUCUGGAAUAUUUAGAACACAACAUCACUGCUGCACCCAGGAUGGAUGGCUUCAUGAUCUGGAUAGAGGGACCCCAAGCUACUGGGAUGCCCAGGGGAUUACCAUCUUAACAGCUCAUUCCAGAGUUUCUUCAUUCCAGAGGUCCUGGUGUCCCCAAGCAUGACCUGGCACCUCGGAGGGGCCGGCUCCUCUCAACAUAUCAAUGGAAGAGCCCAUGCAGGUGGGCCCAGUCCAUUUCUCCCCUGAGGAGCAUGAGUGGCAUCUCAAGGAGCCCCCUUGUCUGUACUGCAGUCAUUCAGGACACAGACUUGCUGCCGGUCCCACUAAGGGUGUGGCUUUAUGGAAACUCCAAGUGGGUCAUGCCAGUUUCUCUCCAAGUCUUCUUUGGUCCCUGUCAUCAGUAACCCUGUUCUCUGCCCUUUUUUGUUUAACCUUCAUCAGGUGGUGAUCAUUGACUCUGGGGCUGAUGCUGACCUCAUGGACCAGUUACUGGUGGAUCAGCUCCAGUUGGGGGAGUUGUCUCACUCUGCUUCCCUUUUCAGGUUGUAGCACUUAAUAGAAAUAGAUAGAAAGAGAAUGCAGCUCGGCCAUGAAACGGCCGAGCCAAUCAGCAUUGCCGCUUUUUGUUUUCAAAUUUUUUUGGCAAAUUCCAGCGGCUAAACCGGAAGUGUCGUCAUCACUGAGCGUAGCGGA